AUGUCAGAUUAUGAUGUACAAGAUGACUUUUAUCAAUUAAUAACAAAUAAAUACAAUGAAGCAGUAAAGAAUAAACAUAUAUUGUUUAAUGGUGACUCAGUAAUCAAUGAAACUGAAACAAUUAAAGUUGGUGAUGAAAAUUUUGAUGUACAAUAUACUUUAUUAACUUCAUUAAUGCAUAGACCUGAAAAGGGAGAUAAUGAUUCAAAUCCAUUUGAAAAACCAGAACCAGAACUAACUAUCUUCAAAGAUUACGGAGCUAAUAAUGAAUUUAAAAUUAUUUUUAAUAAAUUUCCUGUUGUUCCAAAACAUUUCAUGUUAGUUACUCAACAAUUUAAAUCACAAAAUACUCCAUUAUCAUCAAACGAAUUAUAUGCAACAUAUCAAAUAUUACAAAAUUUGAAUAAGUUUAAAUCAAAGGGUGAAGACUGGUUUGCUUUUUAUAAUUGUGGUCAAGAACUGGGUGCUCUGCAACCACAUAAACAUAUUCAAUUCAUGACAUUACCUUCAAGAGAUAAAUUCAUACCAUAUACUGAUAUUAUAUCAAAUCAACAACCAUCAGAAUUAUUGAAAAAAAAUGAACCACUACAAAAUAAAUCAUUACCAUUUGCAAAUUUUAUUAAAAAGAUUCCAAAAGAUGAAGAAAUAACUGGUGAAAUUUUAUCACAAUUAUUUGCUUCAUUAUUACAAAAAACUUUGACAACUCUUAGACAAAAUGACGCAGAUCAUAUAUCUUACAAUUUUAUCAUGACAAUAGAUUAUGUUUAUAUGGUUCCAAGAUCAAAUGGUAAAUUUCAAGAUAAAAUUGGAAUUAAUUCAUGUGGUGUACAAGGAUUAUUUUUAUGUAAAGAUGAAGAAUUGUUCAAAUUAGUUAAAGAAUAUGGACCAUUUAAUAUAUUAAAAGAUGUUGGAUUUUUAAAUACUAGCGAUAAAGCAUCAAAUGAGUAUGAUUAUUAA